AUGGCUAUCUCCAUCUCUCGUUCAACCCUGAUCUUCGUCGUUCUCGCUGGAUGUGCGAUAUUCACCUCUGCAGUGUCGCCCAUGCCUCUCUCGCCGUUUGACGAAGCCGUUCAGAAGCUCAACAACUCGGGUUACACAAGCUUCGUCUCCCUCGUCACCGCCUAUGGCAAGAUGAAGCAGGUCAAGGCGGCUCUUUCCAAGCCGCUCACCAUGCUCGUCCCCAGCAACGCGGCCAUCGCCAAGGUCAAGAUAACUAGUUACUCUACAGCGCAGCUCUCCACGCUCGUCAUGUUCAACGCCAUCAAAGGCGUCAUGCCCUUCCAGAAGCUGCGAAGCCUCGCGAAGAAUGCGACGCUCGCGACUCUCUCCGCGGAUCUUAAGUCCAAGAAGCCGCUGAUUCUCACGAAGCUCUCCCCGCUCAAUGCGCGCUGGGUGGCGAUGCAGGGCAAGCUCGGGAGCAAGUUGAUGAUCACUAAGGGAGACUUUUACCUAAAAGUUGGGAAGCUGGCCGUGCACACGACGGAUGCGAUCGUGUUCCCCGCUGGAAUGAAGCGGCGACGCUUGCACAUUGGCGACUCUGUGCGACAGGCGGAUUCUGUCGCUCUAGUCGCCAUGCGACUGGUGAAGCCGUCGUGGGUGUCGCACGGCGGGCAUGCGAUUUUCGCCAUCCACGUGCAUCCGGAUGGGACAAGAUUUGCCACUGGGGGGGGAGACCACAAGGCCGUCAUCUGGAGCCUCCCUCCUUUGCUCUCUCCUGAAUCCGAGUCCGAUGCUGCUCUGCCUUCCCUCCUCGCCCCACCUUCCCUUCUGGUACCCCCGUGCUCCUCUCCCCUCUCCCCCAACAGGCCGUCAUCUGGAGCCUCCCUCCUUUGCUCUCUCCUGAGGCCGAGUCCGAUGCUGCACUGCCGUCUCGCCUCGCCACUCUCUGCGACCAUUUUGGGGCUGUCAGUUCUGUCAGGUGGGUUAGGUGUGGGAAGGAGUGGGAAGGAGUGGGGAAGAGGGCAAAGGGGAGGAAAGUAG